GGAUUAGGUUCGAUUCCUAACGGCCUGUUUGGUGUAUCUUGUACAGAUCUACGGUACGUGUACCGUUGGUUGCAGGCGCUUGGGCCACUUUCAAUUCAAUUCCGGCGCGUUGGCGCCUGCGCGUGUCGACCCACUCGCAACGCCGAUCAAUGUUCCUGAGGCGGUUCCAGAUUCUGGUCGCAACCGGGUUUGGAAAACGGAAUCCACGCCAUGACAAGGCUGCGAGUCCAGCUGUUCCUCUUUCUCAUGACGACAUUAUCGCGAACGACCAUAUAGCUUUCUGCCCGUUUCCUCGCUAACCUGGCGUUCUCUUCGCUCUGAAUCGCUACACCAUUGCAUCAUGGAUCCAACAAAUGGAGCCGACAGCUCGGUGCUCUCUGUGCCAAUGGCGCCGGUUGCGCCACCGGCAAGCCUUUCUUUGACUCGUGAUAGCUUCAACGCGCAGUCGCUAGGCCGCAGUUUAAAUGCGCAUGUCAAGCAGUCGCGCGUGCUAAUGGUCGGCGCCGGAGGAAUUGGCUGCGAAUUGCUCAAAAACCUGGUGCUUACCGGCUUCGGAGAGGUUCACGUUGUCGACCUCGAUACGAUCGACCUGAGCAAUCUCAACCGGCAGUUCCUAUUCCGGCAAGAACACAUCAAGAAGUCUAAGGCAUUGGUCGCAAAAGGGGUCGCCGAGAAGUUCAACCCGGUUGUCAAGAUUGUCGCCCACCAUGCCAACAUUAAGGACCCAGAGUUUAGCAUCGAAUGGUUUAGUGGGUUCAACCUAGUUUUCAAUGCGUUGGAUAACCUGGAGGCAAGGCGGCAUGUCAACAGGAUGUGCCUAGCUGCAGACGUACCGUUGAUCGAGAGCGGGACCACGGGCUUCAACGGGCAGGUCCAGGUCAUCAAGAAGGGUGUGACGGCGUGCUACGAUUGCACGCCGAAGGAGACGCCCAAGACGUUUCCCGUUUGCACAAUCCGCAGCACCCCGAGCCAGCCAAUUCACUGCAUUGUAUGGGGCAAGAGCUAUCUGCUCAACGAGAUAUUCGGCACGAGCGAGGAGGAAUCAGCCUUCGACCAUUCCUCAGACGCCGACAAUGCGAAGGAGAUCGAGGAGCUGAAGAGGGAAUCCGAGGCGCUAAGAAAGAUCCGCGAAUCCGUCGGCAGCCCAGAGUUCCAUCAGAUGCUCUUCGACAAAGUCUUCAACACAGACAUUGUCCGAUUGCGCUCUAUGGAGGACAUGUGGAAGAACAGGAAGCCCCCAGAGGCCCUCGACUACAAGACCCUUUUAGCGCAGGCUUCGAAAGCGAUGGCAGCCAAGGAUGCUGUGCUGAAGGAUGACCAGAAGGUUUGGUCAUUAGAAGAGAACCUGGUUGUCUUCAAGGAUAGCUUGGACCGGCUGAGCAAGCGCGUCCUCGACAUGAAGAAGGCGGGGUCGGAAAAUACGAUCAUCACGUUCGACAAGGACGACGCCGACACCUUGGACUUCGUUGCUGCAAGCGCAAACAUCAGGUCAACGCUUUUUGGCAUUGACCGAAAGUCCAAGUUUGACAUCAAACAGAUGGCGGGCAAUAUCAUCCCCGCCAUCGCGACGACCAAUGCCAUCGUGGCCGGUCUCUGUGUUCUCGAGGCCUUCAAGGUGCUCAAGGGGAAGUACGACAAGGCGAAGGAGGUGUUCCUGACGCCUUUCGCACCUGCCAGGCUCCUAGCCUCAGACAGGUCAAGAGAGCCAAACCCUGACUGCCCGGUUUGCGGUGUCUUCCAGACGCGGGCCUACGUCGACUUAUCGAGGGCGACGCUAAACGAUCUCGUGGAGGACUUUUUGAAGCUUCAAUUGGGAUACGGCGAGAAGGAGAUCUCCGUCAGCAAUGAGGUCGGGAUUCUGUACGACCCUGACGAAACUGACAACCUCGGGAAGAAGCUGAGCGAGCUUGGUAUCAAGCCGGAUUCCUUCUUGACGGUCACGGACGAGGAUGACGAGAAUCCCUAUGUCAAUGUGGUGGUCGCCAUCCAAGAAGCCAAGGAACCCCUGGAGGAGAAGCCAAUCAAAAGCGUUGUCUCGGGAGAGGUGAAGAUUCCGACCAAACCGAAGAAGACGCCGGUGCCCGAGAUCAACGGUCAGAAUGGACAUGUGAUGGAGAACGGCAGCAGGCAGCAGAGCAUAGUAGUACCCGAGAUUACGCCAGCUAAACGCCCACACCCGGAUGAGGCCGAGGAUACAGGGGCGAUCAAGAAAGCGAGGACUGCUGCAGGGCCGACCGCAGGCCAAGAUGAUGACGAGAUUGUCGUCGUUGACGAUAGCACAGGGGGUGCCAUCGUGAUUGACGAUGAUUGAAAGCUCCCAUGGGAGAUACCAGGAGCAGCGAAAGGCAACCGGCGCAUGAUGGUAUCUCAGACGGCGCUCAGCCCGCCAUCGAUAUGGAGGAUGCAGUUGUUUGCAUACUCGUUUUUGGCGAGGAAGGCGGCGGCAUCAGCGACCUCGUCUACAUGACCAAAGCGUCGGAGGGGUAUCUUUCCGGUCAAUUCGUCUUUCUUCGCGAGAUCUUGCGCCACCAUGUCAGUGUAUGUAGAAUUAGGCCUGAGCAGUGUACGAAUCUCCAAGCACGAUAUGUGUGGUGGAAUACUAGGGGAUUGACAGGCAUCGUAUCACGGAAGAGGUGACUCA